CUAGCCCCGAUGCCACCCUUGACCUCCGCCUCGCCGCCGUCUGCAUUCGACUUUGCACAGGAGCAGGACGACGCGCACGACGAGGGUGCCGUCGAUAUGGUCGGCCAAGACCAAAUCCCCAUGCCCUCUCAGACCCCGGCCUCACCUGUCCAGCGCCCCCCGGGAGUCCUGCUUGCACGGCUCCUCGAGUCCCUGUCGGCACAGCUGGUCCGGCUCAACACAGAACCCUGGGACCUGGGCGUGUGGAGCGUGACGGGCUCGACCACUGACUCUGACGAGGUCGAUGUACUUGCCGAAGAGGCGCUAACGAAUGAAACGCCCGUCUUCAACCCGCUGUUGUCCAUCCUCGUCAGCACGGGCAAGUUCUUGGACAUCUGCAAACUGUUCAUGGCACCCGAGACCAGCGGAGGGGCCGACGAAGCAUCAACGGCGACAACUACGGCCGCGGGUUCGGUAAUAAGCCCCUCGGACCCAAAGAGAGGAUUCUUUUCUACGCACGAGACUGGCGAGGCGAGCCGUCGCACCCAAGACACGCCCAAGCGAGCAGGACGGCCGACCAUCCUACCGUCGCUUCCAUCUCCCUUCUCCCUGCCUGGCUCCUCUACCCGGAUUCCGUCCUCGUCCUCGUCCCUAAAAAUGACCAAGACUUCUUCGUGUCCCUCCUUCCUCGCCUCACCGGGGCCGCCGACCGGCCAGGCGACCAUGACCGCUGACCAGCUGCUGACUCUGGUCUCGUGCUACCUCCAAGUGGUCACCAUCUACAACGACAUAUUCUCGCACCUACUCUUCCAGCUUGCCCAGCCGCCACCGCCACCGUCGCCCUCUACACAGCACCCGGCGACGGUUGGCUCCAUCCCCGCCCGCACAAACACACCCGCCUCGCGACAGCGACACGGCCUCCACACGCAAAAAGCCCAGCUCGCCACACACGGCAGCGCGCCGAUGGUGCCCAGCCCGGUUCUGGCGGGGUUCUCUGUGCCGCUCAACGCGGGCCUGCGGAUGCGGCUGCUGGUGGAGGUGGUGGAGCACCAGUUCGAGCAGAUCGAGCACGCCUUAGGCCUGCCCGGCCCGUACUGCGUGUCGACGAGUCACCCGCAGCAGAGCCAACAACAGCAGCACAUGGACACCGGUGGCGGGCUCCUCGCCGGCCGGAAGGCGACGACGCUACUAGAAGCCGCCAUGGGCCUGGCGACUAAGAUAGACGAUGCUGACAAACAUGCCGGCUGCGAUAGCAUCCGAGUCGUCGCGUCGCUACGGGGAAACCUUGGAAAGGCACAGCGAGUGCGGAGGCGUGGGGGCUACGGACUGGGGGCGACGAUAUAGACGGUCGGGGAUAUUUUCUUACGAUAAGACAAGACAGAAGAGUAGCACUAACGCGGGGGCGCACCUAACAGACUGGAGAGAUGGUACGCCGAGCUUCGAGAGCAGCGCCCUGGCCUGUCUCGUGCAGUCAUGCAUGUAAAUGUUGAAAUACUAGAGUCGGACGACGAAAUCCUAUCUCACUCGGAGCCCUG